CUUUGACAGUGUGUUCUUCCAUUGAGUCAGCGCAUCGUAAUCAUCCAAAAGCGGUAUUUAAAACAUAUAUCAGUAGGUAAGUAAGGUUAAUAGGUGAUUACAGGAUACCGCCGCAGUCACCAAGAUCUCCUUGUAUCUAUCUAGCUGAAGCCCUGCCAAGUCCCAGCGGGAGAUCUUUAUCGAUAAGCCUACUCACCUCAGAAAUCUUCCACUGGUCACCCAGACAUUGGGUAUACUGAUUGCUGCAUGUAAUGAAGUAAAUCCACGCUGUGAAAUCAAUCUAUGUUCAUCAUAUGAUUAAGCAGAGUGCAUGUGGUGUUUCGGCGGUAGCAGAGUACUAUGUCGUAGCUGGCGCCCCCAUAGGUUGCACCAACUAGUCGUGACGGCAUGCCAGACGAGCCGAUGCAGCUUCUCCACCACCACAAAAGCACACUACAAAGCACGAUCCAAAAUGGAUAAUAGCGUGUCUGGGUACGAGCGAUGGACAAGAGACGCUCUGAUCAAGCGCAUUCUGAAGCUGGAACGUGAAGUCCACGCAAAAGACAAACAGGGGGCGGAAGUAGUUGCGCCCACACCAGGAGCGCUUGCGAAAGUGGCGCCGGUGUACUCAUUUCUCGAGGGCGAAGGAGCUGGAAAUGGUGAAGAAGCAAAGAUAGAAGGCGAGCCGCAGAACAAGAAGCAGAAGAAGAAAGCCGAGCGUAGCAUCGACCCGUCUAAAUAUUCUACGAGACUGGUUGCGCUGAAGCUCGCGUACCUGGGCAAGAACUACGGCGGUUUCGAGUAUCAGCGCCACGGCACCCUCCCUACCAUCGAGGAGGAGCUCUGGAAAGCACUGGUCAAGGCCUGCCUCAUCUUCCCUGAGAAACCACAUGAGAUUAACUGGGACCCAUGGGAGUACUCAAAAUGCGGCCGGACGGAUCGCGGUGUGAGUGCCUUCGGACAGGUCAUCAGCCUUAGAAUGAGGAGUUACCGGCCUCUGCCGAAGCAAGUCGAGGAAACAUCUACGGAGCCUGCUCAGGAUGAUACUACGAAUGAGGAUCCAGAGGAGGGAAAGAAGGCGCCGAAGCGAGAAUUCGACGAUGUAAUCGACGAACUGCCUUACCCGCGCCUCCUGAACCGGCUCCUGCCCCCAGAUAUCCGGAUCCUAGCAUGGAGUCCUACGACGCCCGCCGAGUUCUCCGCGCGUCACCACUGUCGGGAGCGGCAGUACCGGUACUUCUUCACGCAGCCGGCGUACCAGCCGACGCCGCACAGUCUCGAGAACCCUUCCAGCCGCGACAGCAGGAUCAAAGCCGGGAAGCCCGUGGACGGCUGGCUGGACUUAGCCGCGAUGCGGGCCGCGGCCAAGAAGUUCGAGGGUCUGCACGACUUCCGCAAUUUCUGCAAGAUCGAUGGCAGCAAGACGGGGCAGAGCUACGUGCGGCGGAUCUUCGAGAGCGACAUCGUCGAGGUCCCCGGCGCGGAAACGGCGCUGCCACAUCUCCUCGACGACGACUUCAGGAUUCCCUCUGAUUCAUCUUCGUCUGAUUCGUCAGGGAAUUUCCCCAAAGUGUACUACUUCCACGUGCGUGGGUCCGCGUUCCUCUGGCACCAAAUCCGAUGCAUGGUCUCGGUGCUAUUCUCCGUGGGCCAAGGGCUCGAGGACCCCAGCGUAAUCGACGCGCUAUUAGAUAUAGACGCAGAGCCGCGUCGACCAGCCUACGUUCUCGCGAACGAGACACCCCUCGUCCUCUGGAACUGCUUAUUUCCGCGGGAUUUAGACGAUCCGACGCGCACAGACGGGAUGGAAUGGCUAUACGUGGGCGAAGACAGCGUGCUGAACGCGCACGGCACUUCGGGUCUCGUGAACCAUAUGUGGGAGCACUGGCGCGAGCGCAAGAUGGACGAGCUGCUCGCAGGCCAGCUUUUGAACAUCGUGGCGACGCAGGCGGAUCUCUCGCGACAGCUCAACCCGAAGGCACAGCGGCAUGUGCCGAGCACCAACCAGAAGGGCUUCGAGGGCGGGAAUAGGGAGCGGAGUCUUGGGAAAUACGUCCCGCUGCUCAAGAAGCCUCGAGUUCUGGCGCCGCAGGAGGCGUAUGAUAAGGAGGCUAAGAGGCAGGGAUACACAGAUGCGGCGCAUAUGCAGGCGGUUAUUGCGCAGAGGAGGGCCGAGGCCGCUGCCGCAACGGGGAUGGAUAGUGAAGCAGUUCGACCUCAAGAUGCGAAUGUUGAAGCUACAGCGUAGAGCUCUGCAUAUCAUGUUAUUAGAGAUAUUGGAGGGUACAAUCAAACUAUUGUACGGGAAUAUAUAUCAAAUCAGCAUCAGAGCUAAAGCUACAAUAGAUAAGCUCAAGGGGUAUCGUCAACUCCUU